AUGAGCAAAAUUAUUACGGAUCUUGAUACAAUUGCCGGAAAGAUCGAGGAGUACGCAGGAGAUACGUUGUUAAGACUUCGAAUCUUCGCACAAUUUCAGGACAUUUCUCAUUCACAUGAAAGAACCGAUGGGAUUUAUCUUCAUUUUAGCAACGUUCCAGAUUUCAAUGCAGAAACGAAUAGAGAAAGAUCAUAUUAUUUCUUGAUUGAUGAGACAAUCUAUGACGAAGCGUUCAUCAAUACCAAAUCAGGUGAAAGACCACAUAAGGGCGAUAUCUUAGAUAUGAGAUGUUGUUAUAGGAAGUACGAUAAAGUCGUUGAAAUUAUGCAUCUGAAAGUGAUAUCGAUCGCAGAUUUGGAUUCAUUACGAGAAUUCUUGGCGAAGGCGGACGAUGACUCAGAGAUUAGAUCUUUUCUUCGAUGA